AUGGCUCUCCCAUAUUUGACAGAACAUACUCAACUUACUCAAUUCCAGCCCUACACUGCUGAACGCAACGACACCGAAGAAUCCGUUCUUCCCCACAAGUUUCGCCAUUUUUGCCGAACAGAGCCAAACAUCUUUAAAGAACCCAUUGACCCCAUAAUGCCAGUGCAAGAGCCACUAUUUGUUGAAGCGAAGCAAGAGACCAAGAAAUCCUAUUUCGAGAUGUUCUCUCUGUCAAUAUCCAGUGCUCUUGCCUGGCUCUAUCCCAAUGAGAAUGUCAAGGUCUCUUUUGAAGGGGACAAACCAAAAAAAGCGAUAAAUGAAAAAAUUGGUGCAGAGUCUGAAACGCUGUCUUGCCGACUUCUAAAAACAGAGUCGACUGAAGGACUUGAGCUAGGAGACAUCAAUGUUAAUCCUGCCAACCAUGAGACUAGGAAUUUUGAAGAAACCCUUCAGGAGGAGUCCCACUUAGAUGAGCUAGUAGAAAACCUCAGCAGAUUAAAGGCUCUUCUGGAAAUAGCCAGUGCUGAAGAGAAGCUGCCUUUGCCAGAAAAUUUACAAGACGCUGUGUCUACCUUGUGUGAGCCAAAGAAGUGGCGCCCGUCUCUAGAAACCAUCAAAGAAGAGAACGAGGAGCCCUCAGACCCCCUAUAUAUCCCCAAAACCACCUGCAGCGACGAAUGGGGCAGCAGCUUGACCUUGACCAUGUCGAACUCCCGAAGUAGCCAAUGUGAGGAGGUAGGGUUAUUCGAGUCUUCUCCAGACUCUGAAAGCGACGGAAGUCAUAUGCUAAUGGAUUUCGGGCUACUUAGCCUGAUCUCUGGUCUCGAGGAGUAUGAUAGUGAAAGUGAAGAAGCAGAAGAAGAGGAAGAGCUGGAGGAUACUGAGGAGCAACAGCUUGAUGUUCCGGAUUAUCUCCAAAAUAUAUACAAUCACCAGGCAGUAGGAAUGCCCCACAUGGGUACCUUUCUUCUGUUGGAUGCUCUUGCAAACAACCUCAAGGUGCCUGAAUUCUACCAGAAGUCCUCAGACAAGGUACACUUCAGCAUGUUGGCCAACGAGGAGUUUGAGGCUGGUAUGCCUCUUGUUAGGAAUUGUAAGGCCAUUGCCAGGAAGCUUCGUGGAUGCCUUAAGAAGAAGAAGCCAAAAAAGAGGAUAAUCUCAGGUAGCAGAAAUCGGCCACUUUCCAAUAAACCAAUGCUGGAAGACUUUCAACUAGAGGCGUUCGAAGAAGAUAUCCAACACCUUCUCGAUCACGUUGACUUCAGCAAAAAAGGAAUGGACGAGCUUGACUAUGACAUUGAGAUUGGUGAUGUUGUUCAGCUGCUCACAGAUGUUUUCCAAAAAGCGACUACUUUUGUCAACAAGCCAAAUACCCAAAAGUACAUUGACGUCUGUUCGUGCUACCACCAGCUUCGAGUGCAAAUAGAGCAAGCCUCUAAGAGAGUGAACGCUCUCAUCACGAGGCUUGAAGUGGCUGUUUUUGAAGAAAGCGCUCUUGAAGCAAAUAUCAUGCCCCACGUUGUACAGAUUCACGAAAUCCAGCAAGAGAUCCACAAGAAGAUCAUACAAUUGAAGAAUGGCCAGUUGGCAGAGAAAUUUGUCGCCCAGCACGCACAUGCUGUAGAAUUGCAACAGCAGCUCGAAACCAUUUUCCUGCCUUUUUUCCGUUGUCACCAGGAAGGGUUGCAAAUUGGCGAUAUUGAGGAUGCCUCCUACUUGGUGUGCAAGAAACAGUACGAUGAUACGUGCUUGUUGCUAAAUCUGAUGAAGCCAGAAGAGACAAAGUACUUCUUCGAAAGCUACAUUGACCAGCUCCAGAACGCUUCUGACUAUUUUCUGUACCUUCUUUUCUUGUUCGUAAGAGGAGUUGAGAGCCAUUGCGCCAGGUACAAUUGA